AUGGCCGAAACAAAGAUAGUUCCAUUGUCCGCGCCUCGCAUCACUCCAGCCAAUUCAAAGCAAGCAGAAAUCAGCUACCCAAGAUGGUUCGGUGGCUCGGCAUCUUGCAUGGCGGUAAUGGUGUCGCAUCCGUUUGAUCUGAUUAAGGUCCGCAUGCAAACUGUCGCAGACGGUGCGAAACAAGGCUCAGUUCGAACGGGAGUACAAAUUAUCCAGAAUGAGGGUGUUAGAGGUCUCUAUCACGGCCUUUCUGCUGGAUUGAUGAGAUCUUUGACAUAUGGAGCCUCUCGUAUCGCCCUAUACGAAGAGCUCAAAUAUUCAGCAAAGAAAUCAGAGAAGCCUGUCACUACACCAAUGCUAACCAUGAUGGCAGCGGCGUCGGGAUUCGUAGGAGCUCUAUUCGGCACACCGUCAGAUAUUGCCAAUAUCAGGAUGCAAAACGACAGGUCUUUACCUAUUCAACAUCGCCGGAACUACAAGCAUGUGUUGGAUGCCUGGGUCCAAAUGAAGCGCCACGAAGGUUGGAGAUCUUUUACCCAGGGGCUAUGGCCAAACUGCUUCCGCUGCGGAAUCAUGACUGCAAGUCAGUUGGCAUCUUAUGAUACGUUCAAGACAUUGCUGCGAAAAUGGACGAGUGUCAGUGCAGAGAGUCCGGUCAUUCACAUCUCUGCUUCGUUAUUGGCCAGUCUCGUUGCAACUUCGAUUUCUAGUCCUAUGGAUGUGAUUCGUACGCAGCUGAUGAGUGCUUCCAAACGAGUGUCGGUUUUGAGGAUUGUGACUGAUUUGACUCGCUCUGAGGGUUAUCGGUGGGUGUUCCGUGGUUGGGCACCUAGCUUUGUGCGAUUGGGUCCCCAGACCAUUGCGACCUUGGUGGCACUGGAGCAGCAUAAGCGGAUAUACCGUAUCUUCAAGUGUGGUGGAGAUUAA